AUGCUCCUCGCCACUCUCCUGGCUCCGGCCCUCGUAGCCUCUGCUGCGCUUGCCGCCCCAUCGCCCGCCGCCCCCAGGUCGUAUGCCGAGGCCCGCGGCGCCUACCCGGUCACCCUCUCCAUGCCUGCGGGACGACAGUACCAUUCGGACCCUGCAGUACGCAUGGCCUGGAUGCGUGACCAGGCCGCCGAGCUGCGUCGCAAGUACAAACAGCACCUCGCCGACGACGAAAUCGAGCUGCUGCGCCGACACGACGAGCUUGCCGAACUCCAGCGGCGUAAGCGCGACACGUCUGGCGCAGUGACUCUGACAGACGUCAACGUCGACGCUUCGUACGCGGGCAAGGUCGGCAUCGGAACCCCGGCCCAGUACUUUCUCGUCAUCAUGGACACGGGCUCGUCCGACCUGUGGGUGAUGGACAACGACUGCAGCCAGUGUACGGGUAUCACUACCUAUGACACGACCUCGUCGUCUACACUUUCCGUCUCGACCUCUCCCUUUGAGGUCUCGUACGGCUCGGGAGACGUCGCCGGUCUCCUGGCCGAAGACACAGUGUCCAUGGGCGGCUUCUCCGUCACCCAGCAGGCGUUUGGCCUCGUCAACCAGACCGUCACGUCGGGCUCUUCGUCAUCGUCCUCGAGCCUCAUUGACGCCCCGCUUUCAGGCCUCAUGGGCCUGGCGUUUGCGUCCAUUGCAAACUCGGGCGCGACGCCUUGGUGGCAGACACUGGCUGAAAACACUUGGUCCGACCCCGAGUUUGGCGUCUUCUUGCAGCGAUGGCGCGGCGUCUCGACUGUCCAAGACGUCGAGAGCCAAGGCGGCGAGAUUGUCUUUGGCGGACUCAACUCGUCCAUGUUCACCGGGUCGAUGAACUAUAUUUCCAUCCCGACCGCCAACGAAGACUACUGGCGUAUCGCAGUAGAGUCCAUCACCAUCCAGGGCACCCAGCUGUCGUACGCUUCGUCCACGGCUUCCGCCGCCAUCGACACUGGUACCACCUUGAUUGGCGCUCCGUCAUCCGUCGUCGCCGCCGUCUACGCCAAGAUUGCCAACUCGCAGUCGCUCGCCAGCUCGGGCAUGAGCGGAUACUACGAGUACCCUUGCUCGACCGUCGUCAACUUUUCCCUCGGGUUUGGCGGUAAAGUCUACUCGGUCAGUGACGACGACUUCAACCUCGGACAGACGUACGCGGGAUCGAGCAUGUGUGUCGGCGCGCUCUUCACCGUGUCCACGUCGUCGCAGUCGCCCAUCAACUGGAUCGUCGGCGCCAGCUUCCUCAAGAACGUGUACACCUCGUUUAGGUACAACCCCUCUGCGAUCGGGUUCGCCCAGCUCGCCACCGACGUCCAGGCUUCGGGCAACAUCACUGCCGCCGCCAACGGCACUUCGGUCAGCUCAAAGUCGAGCAGCACGUCGGCCGCGGGUCCCAGGACGUACGCCCCCGCCGCCGUCUCCCUCGGCGGUCUCGUGGUCGCAUCCCUCUUCAUCUGA